UUCAUAAGACAACUGGAUGUCACAGAUCACAAACUCUGAACUGUGAAAUUUACCGUUUAAAGCUUGAGCGCUGGUCCGAUGUGAGCUGGUCACAAUGCCCAAAUAUUACGAGGAAAAAGAGGAGGAUGGCCGUGCUUGUGCGGGGAUCCGGGAGGAUUUCAAAGCCUGUCUGCUUCAACAUGAUUGCGUUUUGAAGGAGGGGAAGAAACCAAGUGAGUGUCUGAAGGAGGGUCAUUGCAAGGCCUUGCAGGUUUCUUUCUUUGAGUGCAAAAGAUCCAUGUUGGAUACAAGAGCUCGCUUCCGGGGGAAAAAAGGAUACUAAAGGGGCUACUAGACACUGACCUGUGUGUGGAGCAGCUUCAUGUGAAUUCAGAGUUGCAGCGUGUGUGAAAAUCCAUUGUAAAUAUAAACUUUAUUUAAAGCCGUUGAUUGGUUGUGUUAUUUUAUAGAACCAUUGCUUGUCACUGAGUGCCAACAAGUGAUUCUUCAGGAGCUACGUUAGUAACUGAUUUGAAAUGAGUGUGUAGCGCUCUUCUACCGUGGAUCAGAUUUAAACCUGUCGUAAAGCCAAUGGGACACCAGACCAAUGAAGAAAGACUUCUGUACGACUCAAAGCUACUCUCUCAUUUCUUCACCGCUGGGAAAACAAGA